AUUAAAAUUUAAAAAAAUACAUAAAAAAAAAUUAAAAGAAUAAUUGUAAAGAAUUUGGACUGAUAUGCGCAGAAAUAACCAUGACCGUCAUGGACCCGAAUCGCAUCUGGAUGUGCCUUUGACCUCGGGUCACCCACAUCCGGCACCCCAAUGGUGCCUAAUGAAUCCUUACGAUAUACAGCAGCGUCCUCAGAACACAGAGCGCAAAAGGACAAAAUUUGAAAGACCUGAGGAGUUCAAAUUUAUGGAGCCAACAGUAUUUAGGUGUGGACGCCGACCUCCCGAGCACCGGGAGGCACCGCCCGGUAUGAAAAAGUUUGACAUGGAGCAGGAUGAUUUGGUCGAGUGUUGGAAGAACAGUGUUGAUCGCAGUGCACUCGGAUACUAUGGCUUAGGCGCUGAGCAUCAUAGGCCAGAGGCUGUGCUCUUUAAUCAGGCGCUGAAGCAAAGCAUGGAGAAAGCACGAUCACGUCGUCAACACGAGAUAACUGUGUCGCAGCCUUCGCUGCGGACUAAACACAGAAGGUGUGACGUGAAUGAGUGGGGCCCUGAGAAGGGCCCCUUGGUACUCAAUCGUAAUGUGCUGCGCGCUGUAAUCCACAAGAUGCCGCACAUACAAGAAAAGCUUGAUCCGAACGAUGCGGUUACUUGGCUAUACUGUCCAAAUCCAUUGGAUCCGGAGUGUCCUUUUUGUGAGGAGCACCAAAACAGUCUAUUCGGCUGCCUAAGCGCCCAGCGCUCGUUGCCACUGCCCUGUGCGAAACCACGUACAACCAAACGAAAGCCGCUCAAGGUUUGUGAUCCCCAGUCUUGUGGUAUACGGGAGAACGCGUGCACGGAGUUCGCAAAAUGGAAGUAUCAACAGCAUCGCAAAGCCAAUGAGCAAAACGUUCAGUUAACUGAACGAUGUGAGCCGGGCGAACCGGAGCCAAGGGAUUACGAUGAACUCUAUUCGCGGCUGGUUUGCUGUUUUGAAAAGGAUACCAAUAAAGACCCAUUCAAUAAAGCAUACAAUACUUGCUGCAGGAAAAAGGGUAAGCAUGGCGGAGGCGAAGGAGGAGCUGGUGGCGAUAAAGGAGAUGGUGGAAAAACUAAGGAUGGUAUGGAUGUAUCUGAGACUGGGAAAGAUGAUAAGGAUCGUGAUAAAAAAGGAGAUGGAAAGGGCAAAGAUGGCGCUGAUGACCAUGGCGAUGCUAGAGAUAAAGGUAAGGCAAAACCAGGUGCAUUGGAAGCUAAGGAUGGUGCCAAGAAGGACAAGGGUGAUGGAGACGGGGACAAGGGCGACAAGGGAGACAAGGGCGACAAGGGAGACAAGGGCGACAAGGGAGACAAGGGCGACAAGGGAGACAAGGGCGACAAGGGAGACAAGGGCGACAAAGGCAAAGAUAAAGAUAAAGCCAAAGACAAAGACAAAAGUGACGCAGACAACAAAGACGAACAAAAGGGGAAGGAAAAGGGUGAAAAAAAAGAUGGCGACAUUCCUAAGGAAGAGGAAAAGAUGAAGAAAGUAAAAGACAAAUUCAAAGAUUUUAGCGAAACCUCUGAACAAAAAAGUGAACCCCCAAUAUCGGAUAUGGAUCGCCGGUUCGGUUCGGAUAAUUUAGAUGGAAAGAAGAUAAGCCACACACACCUAACACAACCACCUGCAUACACUUGGCCAGAUAUGCCAAGUAUUGGCACACCUCCGGUAAAGCGACACACGCCCGAUAAAGCAACAAAAAAGAAGCGCAGAAAGAAGAAGACUGCAUUAAAAGAAGCACCACCGCCGCCGCCUAAGGACUGUCCUUGUCCGGUUUGCGAGUUCAUGAAGCGCCGACAACAGGAGGAGGACACACCACUUAUCAAGCAGAUGAAGCAACAGGAGAAGCAACAAAAGCUUCGCGACUACUACAAGCAAAUGUGUGCCAGAGAGUACGCCAAAUGCCGGCGUCCAUACUAUCCGGCACCCCAACACAAAUGCGAUCCCAUUUGUGUGAACAACAAUUUCUGUCGCGAUCGCAGGCUGCGCGAGUACUGCGACUGUCUAGCCACAAUGAGGCAGCUGCAAGAACUGUUGGGCCCCAAGCAUAAAAUAUGCGCCAACGAGCUGCACUUUGACUUGAAGGAUUUAUAUCGACGCGUCUGCAACCGCCUGGCAGAGUGUCAGGAAUAGCGAGCAGCCGAGCCAAGUGUGAAUUUGAAUUUCGUUUGUGUUUUGUGAAGCAUUAACUCGGAUGAUGGAUGAGGCACCUGUGUGUUGCUUGUCUGGCCGUGGCCUGUGCACAUACAUAUGGUAUAUGAUUUUAGAUGGUUAUGCGUAAUAAAGAUAGAGCACUCUCCUACAGUAAA